UGGAAAUGCUAAACAGACUAGGGUCUAGGUACCAUGUCUGAAGGGUUACUUUUGGUUCCAAAGGUACCAUACUGAAAGUGUUUGGUGGAAACGAGACUUAUUUUUUGACACCCCUGCUUUCAAGGGUACUUGUAUACGUCUUUAAAACAUGAGGAGAGUGUCUCUAAAAAAAGGCCACUUGGGUUCAAAGUAUGUUUUGGUGUGGUCACAGGUGUGCUCUGUUGCACCUGUAAACACGGUGAUGUCACAGUGCACCGACACACCUUGGAGUGUCACCUGUACGUCACUGCAGCAGGAUGACAGUUCAUUAAUAACAGAUGAAUUAACAGCCAGAGCGCUGAGCCUGCACGACACCUGAGCAAAGUCUGUCCACAGAUUACAAACGUGAUGUGACUGAAAGCUCCAGAAAAAUCUAGCAAAUGGAUCUCGACUGCUUUUUCCACUUUUAAACUACAUAUUUGUUUACAGGAGCAUUAAGCCUACAGAUACUUAUCCGCUGUGUGCUUCCAUAUUUGUGACACAUUUAUACCACAGACACAAAGAUGCCUGGAGUCAAACAUGUCCUGGCCACAACUUCCCAGUUUGUCUUGACCACAGUAGCCUGUAAAGUUUCGAUUGGUCACUCUGUGGUCAGAUGUUGCCAUAGGGUGUGGUGUCUCAGCUAGGUAUGAAUGGAUGCUGCUGUUUUUAUUUAAUGUUUUAUAAAAAUGUGACUUUAACUCUUCCAAAUACAGACAGACAGCAGUGAGUGGAUGGUGGAGCAGAGAGGACUCCAGGUGAAGUUGGGCAUGGAGACAAGUUGUGUGUCCUCAAAGGGAACAAAUCCUCCUCAGCAUUAGAGCACCAGAGACCCCUGAACACAAGCGCACAUUGCAUGUCCUUUAAAUAAACACAGCAGCUCACAUUGUAAGUCCACCAAACACACGGAACAUCCGGGAAACGCAACCUGAUCUGCAAAAGACGUGGAAUGUCUUAUUUCUUUUCUUCCGCCCUUCAAACCCGGUAAUGAUGGAGGAGUAAAAGGCGACAUGAUUGGUGGAUGCAGCCAGCAGAGGAGAAAUGUAAACCCCUUCGUUUUGUUGCAUCGGGGGGGUUGAAAGCUGAACGCUCCCCUCUUGUUUUCUCUCUCCCCCCUUUCCUUCAAUGACAGCAGGAGCCAGCCGGGCGGUGCGGUGCGGCGCGGUGCGGUGGGAAGCUUCCCCCCCGGUACGAGAAGGAUUUCCCUGCAAGUCUGCGAUGCAGUGAAGGGAUAGAAGAUGAAAAUACACAAGAAGGACAAGCAGCAGAUGUUCACUGGUGUCCUGAAGCACACGCCACCUCCGGCCUCCGCUGCAGCCUCCUCCUCCUCCUCCGCCUCGGACCAAAAGAGCAACGCACAAACCACAGUCCCUACAAUCCCACGGGGACACCUGGUCGUGGGCCCCAAGGACCAGCUCCGCCUCCUCACCCCCGUGGGCAGCACGGCGACGUCCAAUCACUGCGCGGCGGCAGUGGCCCACGCCGCUAAGCACUCCGGAGGAGCCCCUCGACCUCCUUCCUCCCUGAGCGAGGAGGAUGAUGGAGGGGGAGGAGGAGGAGGAGGAGGCAGGGUGAAGAAGAAACGGAAGAAAAAGGACAAGAGAGAAUGGGAGAAAGGAGGAGGGGAGGUGGAGGAAAGCAGCAAACCAAAGAAACGAAAAGAGGAGAAAGUAGCGACGGUGGUCACACUGAGGAAGAGCAAGGAGCCUAAGGAAGGGAAGGAGCGAAAGGAGCGUAGGACCAAGGGGAAGGAGGGCAGGAAAGAGCUGAUGAAUGUGGCAGGGGGGAGAACGUCAGGGGCCACAGUGGCCCCCGGACCAGCUCAGGUACCUGUUAAGGUGCCUGGCAAAAGAGGAAGGAAACCGAAGGUCAAAGUCCUACCUCCUGUACCCACGAAUCAAGCACCUCCUCCUUCGGCAGGUGUCCACACUAAGGGGCAGUCCCACAGUGCCCAGAGCCACGGCAAGAACCACAGACAGGCCAACAGCAAGACCCCAGCCCCCUCAGCGCCAAAACAGAGGGGCCGCAAACCCAGAGAUCCUGGCGCAGCGCCGGUGGAGAAGAAGAAGAAGGGAAAGAGGAGAAACCAGGAGCUGGCUGUCCAGGAGGGGGCGGAGAGUGACGACACUACCUCAAUGUCAGCCCUCAACAUGGGUGGAGAGGACAGCCAAGACCCCCUGGAUAACGCGAAGCGGCGUUCGGGACGUCAAGUCAAGAGGAGGAAGUACAACGAGGAUUUGGACUUCAAGGUGGUAGACGAUGACGGAGAGACGAUCGCAGUUCUUGGAGCUGGUCGCAUCUCGGCGCUCAACGCCACUGCUCUGGCGUGGCAGGCUGAGGAGCCACCUGAGGACGAGGCCAACAUCAUUGAGAAAAUUCUGUCCGUCAAAACAGUGAAGAAAGAGACAUCAUCAGAGGACCAACCGGAGGAGACAGAGGAGUUUUAUGUCAAGUACAGAAAUUUUUCCUACCUACACUGCAAGUGGGCCACUCUCGAAGAGCUGGAGAAAGAUCCCAGAAUCCACCAGAAGAUUAAACGCUUCAGGACCAAACAGGCGCAGAUGAAACACCUGUUCACUGAGCCCGAUGAGGACUUAUUUAAUCCAGACUACGUCGAGGCGGACAGAGUGCUGGAGGUGGCUGUAACCACAGACACUGAGACUGGAGAGGAGGUGACCCAUUACCUCGUUAAGUGGUGCAGUCUCUCGUACGAGGAGGCGACGUGGGAGCUGCAGGAGGAUUUGGACCCAGAAAAAAUCAAAGAGUUUGAGGAGAUCCAGAAACUGCCACCGGACCUCAGACACAUGGAGCGUCCUCCUCCAGACAAAUGGCAGAAGUUGGAGCGCUCCAGAGAUUACCGGAACGGAAACCAGCUCAGAGAAUACCAGUUAGAGGGAAUGAACUGGUUACUGUUCAACUGGUACAACAGAAAAAACUGCAUACUGGCGGAUGAAAUGGGUUUGGGAAAGACCAUCCAGUCCAUCACCUUCCUGUACGAGAUCUUCAGCAUGGGUAUCCGCGGCCCCUUCCUCAUCAUCGCCCCUCUGUCCACCAUCACCAACUGGGAGAGGGAGUUUCGCACGUGGACACGCAUGAACGUCAUCGUGUAUCACGGCUCGCAGAUCAGCCGGCAGAUGAUCCUGCAGUAUGAGAUGUUUUACAGAGACGCCCAGGGUAACACCAUCCCAGGUAUUCUGAAGUUUCAUGGGGUGAUCACUACUUUUGAGAUGAUCAUGGCCGACUGUCCGGAGCUGAAGAAGCUCCACUGGCGCUGUGUCGUGAUCGACGAAGCCCACCGCCUGAAAAACAGGAACUGCAAACUGCUGGAGGGACUCAAGCUCAUGAACCUGGAACACAAGGUUCUGCUGACAGGAACCCCUCUGCAGAACUCAGUGGAGGAGUUGUUCAGCCUGUUGAAUUUCCUGGAGCCACUGCAGUUUCCUUCAGAGAGCACCUUCCUGGAAGAAUUUGGAGACCUCAAAACAGAUGAACAGGUGAAGAAGCUUCAGGCCAUUCUGAAGCCCAUGAUGUUGAGGAGGCUGAAGGACGAUGUGGAAAAAAACCUGGCGCCUAAAGAGGAGACCAUCAUAGAGGUGGAGCUGACCAACAUUCAAAAGAAAUAUUACCGAGCCAUCUUAGAGAAGAAUUUUUCCUUCCUGUCCAAAGGAGCAAACCAGCACAACAUGCCCAACCUCAUUAACACCAUGAUGGAGCUCCGCAAGUGCUGCAACCACCCUUACCUUAUCACAGGAGCGGAGGAGAAGAUUCUGGAAAGUUUCAGGAAGGUCUACAGUCCAGACGCCAUGGACUUCCAGCUGCAGGCCAUGAUUCAGGCAGCUGGUAAACUGGUGCUGAUUGACAAGCUGCUGCCCAAACUGCUGGCCGGGGGACACAAAGUCCUGGUCUUCUCCCAGAUGGUGCGCUGUCUGGACAUCAUGGAGGACUACCUCAUACAGAGACGCUACACAUACGAACGCAUUGACGGUCGCGUGCGAGGGAACCUGCGGCAGGCGGCCAUCGACAGGUUCUGCAAACCCGACUCAGACCGCUUCGUUUUCCUGCUGUGCACCAGAGCCGGAGGGCUGGGAAUCAACCUGACAGCUGCAGACACCUGCAUCAUCUUCGACUCCGACUGGAACCCUCAGAAUGACCUGCAGGCCCAGGCACGCUGCCACCGGAUUGGUCAGAGCAAAGCAGUUAAAGUCUACAGGCUGAUCACGAGGAACUCGUACGAGAGGGAAAUGUUUGACAAAGCCAGUCUGAAGCUGGGAUUGGACAAAGCUGUCCUCCAAGACAUCAACCGCAAGGGAAGCCUCAACGGGGUGCAGCAGCUUUCUAAGCUAGAAGUGGAGGAUUUGUUGAAAAAAGGAGCGUACGGAGCACUGAUGGACGAAGAAGACGAGGGCUCCAAGUUCUGUGAAGAAGACAUCGAUCAGAUACUGCAGAGACGAACUCAGACCAUCACCAUCCAGUCUGAAGGGAAAGGCUCCACGUUCGCUAAGGCCAGUUUCAUCUCAUCUGGUAACAGAACGGACAUUUCUCUGGACGACCCCAACUUCUGGCAGAAAUGGGCCAAGAUUGCUGAGGUGGAGAUCGACUCCAAAUCAGAGAAGGAGUCCUUGGUGAUUGACACGCCGCGGGUGAGGAAACAGACGCGCCACUACAACUCCUUUGAAGAUGACGAGCUGAUGGAGUUCUCAGAGCUGGACAGUGACUCAGAGGAGCGGCCGUGUCGGACUCGCCGCCUGGGCGAACGCACCCGGCGGUACCUCCGUGCAGAGUGCUUCCGGGUUGAGAAGAACCUGCUUAUCUUCGGCUGGGGUCGGUGGAAGGACAUCCUAAACCACGGUCGAUUCAAAUGGCACCUGGCAGAGAGAGACAUGGAGGUGAUCUGUAGGGCUCUGCUGGUUUACUGCCUGAGACACUACAAAGGUGAUGACAAGAUCAAGAGCUUCAUCUGGGAUCUGAUUACACCCACAAAGGAAGGCCAGGACCAGGCGCUGCUAAAUCACUCUGGUUUAUCAGCUCCUGUUCCUCGGGGUCGGAAGGGGAAGAAGCUGAAGAAUCAGCUGAAUGUUCCGGAGGUGAAGAACGCCGACUGGCUGGUCCACUGUAACCCUGAGGUGGUGCUGCAGGAUGACAGCUACAAGAAACACCUCAAACAACACUGCAACAAGGUGCUACUGAGGGUGCGCAUGUUGUACUACCUGAAGGUGGAGGUGUUGGGUGAGGCUGCCAAUCAAGCUCUAGAGGGGAUCCCUGCCAGUAAACUUGAGGUGUCACUACCCGACAUCGACUACAUAGAGAUUCCAGCUCCAUGGUGGGAUGCGGAUGCUGACAAGUCUCUCCUCAUAGGAGUCCACAAACACGGCUAUGAGCGGUACAACGCCAUGCGUGCAGAUUCAGACCUGUGUUUCCUGGAGAGAGUGGGAAUGCCAGAUGUCACAGCGCUGUCUGCUGAGCAGGGAGGAGGGGAGGGGGCCUCUGACAUGGCUGACAGUGUGUGCAAAACUGAGGAGGCGAAGGACGAGGCUGAAAGCAAAGCUGAUGGAGGCGAGGACAGAGACGAGAGCAGCAAGGGAGAGGAAACCUGCUCCAGCACGGACACCUCAGACAAGCCUGACAGUACAGGUCCAGACUCCCAGAUGUCGGGUGACUUGUGCGCCCAGGAUGGAACCCUGGUCACUACCACGACAACAGGAACAGGGACCGGGGUGGCAUCUCUCCACGUCAUCCAAGCCCGGCCCCUCUGGCCCACCGGCCCUGCCUUGACGGCCCGUUUACGCCGCCUAAUAACGGCCUACCAGCGUUUCACACUGCGCCGCGAGCCACUGCUCAGGCACGACUUCCUGCUUCACGACGGCCUCGUCAGCAUGGGGAUCGGAGGAGCUGGAGCCGCGCACAGUCAUCACACUGGUGGGCCGCUGGCGUGGCAGCUGGGCGAAGAGCUGAGGCGGUGCUCUGUGGUCGCCACAGAACCUGACCCCUUGUUCCUGGAGUGGCAGAGAAGGUGGACUCGUCGGGAACAAGCAGAUUUUUACCGCACUGUGUCAUCGUUUGGGGUGGUGUAUGACCCAGAGAGGAAAUCCUUUGACUGGUCCCAGUUCAGAGCACUGGCCCGACUGGAGAGGAAGACGGACGAGAGUUUGGAGAGAUACUUCAACUCCUUUGUCAACAUGUGCAGGACGGCCUGCAAACUGCCUCCAAGGAAGGAAGAAGGGUUGGUGGAUCCCGCUGUGCUCGUCGAGCCUCUGACAGAAGAGAGAGCAGCCCGGACUUUAUACCGCAUCGAGCUGCUCCGAAAGAUCAGAGAGCAGGUUCUCCGUCACCCGUUGCUCUCAGCCCGCCUCCAGCUGUGCCGCCCCUCCCUCUACCUCCCAGUCUGGUGGGAGUCUGGCAAACACGACCGUGACCUCCUCAUCGGAGCAGCGCGCCACGGCUUGAGCCGCACAGACUUCUACAUCCUGAACGACCCCCAGCUAGCCUUCCUGGAGGCACACAGGAACUACGUCAGGGGACACCCCUCUCAUCUUCAUCCUCAAAGCCAUCAUCACCCUCAUCACCCAGGCCUGGUGACCCAUCCCGGCAUCUCGUCUUCAUCCUCUUCGUCCCAUCCACAGCUGCCUCAUCCUCACUGCUGCCUGUAUGAUUCUAAUCUCGGUCGCCACUCCCCUCAGCCUCCUGAGUAUCCUCACCAGUCCUCUCACCACCACCAUCAUCACCACCAGCAUCACUCUGUGCCUCCGUCUGCUCCUUCUCCUUCCUCCUCCUCUUCUUCCUCCUCUCACCCUCACCUCCACCCUCUACCGUUGGAUGCCCACAAUUCCGCCUCACCAAGUCUGGGAAUAGUUCCUGGGUCACGGGGAGAUUUCCUCGACUGUCCUCCUCUGGAUGAAACCCUGGAGCUGGGUUCGCUGCAGCAUGAUGCCAUGUCUGCAGAUGCCUUACAUGGAGGGAAGGCAUCCAAAGACGCCCUCAACGGUUUCCCAUUCAAUUCAGCUGCAGGAGGUCAAAGCAUGCUCAACUCGUACGGCGUCGGGGGAACAGACCUUGAUUCAAAACUAAGGAGUGACGUGCUUGUUGGUGAGCAGGGCUCCUCAGAGGAAACCGGGCUGAUGGCACCAUCGGUGGAGCUGGAUCAGUUACAGGCUCCCUGGGACGGCACAGACCACUCCAGUCCAGCUCACCACAUGUUCAAUGAAUCUGAUCCAAUCCUUGGACCUUCCACUCUGGAGACUGGCUUUCUGGAGGAGGAGGAUGAGGAGGCGCAGGGGGGAGACAGAGGAGGGGAGGAAGGUGGAACUCUGGAGGAGUGUUUGGGCCUCCCACCCUCCUCCUCUCCCUCCCACCCCUCUGCAGGAGACUCUGUGGAGCCGCUGUCCUCAAGUUACAUGCUCUUUAAGGAAAUUGGUGUGAGCGAGGAACCCAGCGCAGAUCAAACCGACCUUUCGGCGAGCCCCCCGCCUCCUUAUGUCCCCCCACCUCCCCUCUCUCUGUCUGACAUCACUGCCCACACGCCACAGCAUAGGCUGGGCCCCUCUGAUGUGGCUGAGAGCCUGGCUAACCCUGUGGAGGAAGGAGAAGGCCAGGAAGGAGGCACUGGGUUCGAGUUUGAUGACAAGGAGGAGGAGGAAGUGGAAGACUUGUCAGGGGGGACCUUGGAGCAGAAUGUGGAGAAACAAAGAGAUCUGGAGGGAGUGGAGUGUGACGUAGACCAAGGAGCAGACCAAAGUUUGGGAGUUUUGAAUCCACCCAUGGAAGUACCUCAGAUGGACGGGAUAGUGCCAGAGCCGGGCCUUGCAGAACAGGACGAACAAGACCUUCAGGAGAGCUUCAACCAAGCAGAGCAUGAAGAGGAGUUACCACAAGGGGUGCAUCCGUAUCUUGGGAAGCUGGAGCAGGAGAGUAGCCUUGCAUGUCCUGAGUCCAUUGAAGAGCCUGGGGAGGAAGUGGAUGGGUUGAUUCUGUAUCAGACAGUGGAGGAAGAGACGAUAGGAAACUCUCUUGACACUGAAACAUUGAUGGGGAACGCAGCUGGAGAGGAUGGUCCAGCCGAGUGCACAGAUCUGGCAGAUCAAGUGGAUGAGAUCUCAGAAGGGCAGAUGGAUCAUGUUUCUUUCAUACAUGUUCCAGUGGUUCAACCCAGUGAUGACGUGGCAGUGAAACAACUAGACGUCAAACCCAACGAGAUGGUGCUGCAGAGCAUUUACUCAGAAUACGCACAACCCUCCUGCCCUACAACGUCUGUCUCACCCCCAACUGUAGCAGCAAAGGCUGACGAAACCGCCACAAAGAGCAGUGGCGGAGCUGGAGUCAAAACCGAAGUCUCCAUGAAUCAGAAUAACUAUGAGGGUACAGCUGAAGAUCUGAGCUCACCACAUGGGAGGAGAGACUGUAAGAAUAGAGUCCUGACAUUCUCCCUUGACCAGGACAACAAAAAUAAUCUGCUUGAGCAAAUUGGAAUCAAAAUGGCCCCAACUCUACCUGCAAACAGUAUUGACACAAAGCCAUCUGAUCUCAAGUUUUCUUUUCUACCAGAAGACAGUGGUGUCGACAAGAAACCUCAGCAACUGGAGCUGCCAAUCAAGGUAGAGGAAACCAAGACGGAGGCUGGAGAGGAUGUCUACCCCGACAGCUCUGAAGUCAAACAUGGAAAUUUCCUUUCCUACCGCGUCAAGUCGGAAGACUUAGUGACCAAAGCUGAGCAGUUAGACUAUCCUGUCAAACCAGAAACACUGGAGACCAAACCUGAAGAUCUAAGCCUCCCCAUGAAGCCUGAAAGCUUAGACUGUAAACCUGAAGUCCUCCAGUUCGCAGCCUUCUCAGAUGGCGCUGAAAUCAAACCUGAAGAAAAACCAGUAGCUCUCAGUUUUGCUGCGUAUCCAGAUGGAGCUAAGCUUAAGACUGAGACAGAACAAGAGGAUUUAAGGUUAUCGGCCUUUCCUGACACGUCUGCCAUCAAGCCCGAAGCCAAGCCAGAGGGUCUGGAGUUCACCACCUACCCAGACAGCUCUGAGAUUAAACCCGAGGCCAAGCCGGAGGACCUCGAGUUUACAGCUUUACCUGAGAUCAAAGCUGAGACAAAGCAGGAGCUGUUGGAGGCCGACAGCACAGUCCUGACCCCGAAGCUGGAGCAGGUAGAUGGGCUGGUGGACACCUCGGAGAGUCUGGUGGUGAAAGGCCAAGUGAAGGAGGAGAGGCCAACGACACCAGUACCUGUGGUGGAAGGUUACGCGGGCAGCCCCAGGUUUGCAGCUCCUGUUUCCAUGUGUGAGAUUCCUGAAAGCCUCCACGACACCAGGGAGCCGACCAUCGCUCAGCUGCUGCAGGAGAAAGCACUUUACUCAUUUUCUGAGUGGCCCAAGGACCGUGUUAUCAUCAACCGCCUGGACAGCAUCUGCCACGCCAUCCUGAAGGGGAAGUGGCCGUCAUCAAGCGAGCAGUACGACUCACCCGGCUCCAUGGUCGCCAACUCAUGCCUGGCCAACAGUUUAGCCCAGCACCACCACCAGCAGCACCACCGAGCAGGCUUCCUCCCCACCACGGCCUCCAGCUCCGUCCCGGGCCAGUCCAGGGUUCAGCAGACGAACCCUGGACUCGGGUUCUCCAUCCCUCCCCCUCUCACCAGACUACCUAAGUACAUGUCGCGGGGCGGCGCAUGUGGGCGCGGAGCUUGGCGCCUCACCUCCUUGCCUCUCUUACAGGAGAGGCUCGUGGCUCCUCCUUAUCUCCCUGAGCUCAAACGAGCGGGAGGUCGGAGGUCAUUCGACUAUGAAGCCGCUGCUGCAGCAGCCGCUGCCAAGGUUUUAGCUGGGAAAUCAGCAUCGUCAUGCCACACUGCUGCCACCACAAGCUCCAGUGGUGCUGCUCCGGUGGUGGCGCCGCCCUCUCAUCGCACAGGAGCCAUGCUGAUUAACGGCUGGCAAGAAACAGCCAUAGAUCUAACCAAGUCGUCCGGAGAAAUAAGCACCACCAGUGCCCUAGGGACAGGAGAAGCUGUGGUUGCACCGGGAAUCAGCCACCAUGGUGCUGGCAGCAGUCAUAAGCUGCCGCCGCCACCCCCCAUCACAGCACCGCUAUCAGGCUCUGUGGGGAUCGACAUGGCCGGGAUACUGCAGGCAGGGCUCAUCCAUCCUGUAACGGGGCAAAUAGUUAACGGAAGCCUGAGGGGAGAUGACUCACUGAGGAGGAGGAGAGGGAGGAGGAGAAACGUUGAAGCACUGUACUCUGAGUUCACCAAGAGCAGAGGACUGCACCUCCCAGAGACACAGCUACAGGGCCGGGUGGAGGUAAUCAGCCACUCCUCCGUCUCCUCCUCCACCUCCUCGCCGUCCCCCUCUCCUUCAGAGCGACCCGCUGGCCCUCCCACACCGUCCUCCUCCUCUACACCCACCCCCACCCAGACACCACCUCAGCCAGAGAUUGUGGCCAUCGACAGAGAGGCGGCCAGCAAAGGUCUGAUCGAGUGGCUGAGACAGAAUCCGGGCUACAGCAUGGAUCUCCCCACAUUCACUCAUUCUGGAGCAGGUCUGUUACAUGGUUUUGUGGAGCGUCCCAAGCAGAGGAGGCAUCGCUGUAAAGACCCCACUAAGCUGGAUAUCAACUCUUUGACAGGGGAGGAGAGGGUUCCUGUUGUGCACCGAGGCACCGGACGCAGGCUUGGUGGUGCUAUGGCUCCAGCCAUAAAGGAGCUCUCCAGGUGGCUGGAUGCCAACUCAGAAUACUAUGUAGCUCCAGACUGGGCUGAUGUGGUCAAACACUCUGGUUUCCUCCCUGAGGGGAAGUUCUCCCGGAUCCUGACAGAACCAGUCAACAGAGACUCGGGCUCUCGCCGACGUGGACGGCGGCCUCGCAGUGAGAUGCCUAAGCCCUUGCUGUCUGUCUCUGACUCAGCCACAUCUGGCCUCGGCCCCCCACUCUUCAUGAACGGUGGAUUAAUCGGCAGCAUGGACUCCAUGGUGCAGAUGCAGAACCUCCGCGGUGGUAUUCCUGGAAUUCCCAUCUCUGGAAUAAUGGCAGCUGGAUUUCCACAUGGUUUCUCUGCAGCUGUCCAGGCGGGCGGAGCCGGAGCGUCGGCAGAAGAUGCCAAAAAUGGGUUGAGUAUGUUACCCAUGAUGCUGCACGGCAUCCCUCACCCCCAUGGGGCUGCGAUCCCACAACACGCCUUGUUCAGCGUCGGCGCGAUGAUGGCGCACACGCCGCCGCCUCCUCCUCCUCACCCCAGCUCCUCCUCUUCUUCUUCAUUGUCUGCUGCAAAGGUCACCACGACAACCGCGCCAUCUACAUCUGAGGCAGCCAGCCCCUCUUCGACAACACCUGCUGAGAGAGAGAGCACCGCCUCUUCUGGCUCUGGUGGCGGUGAGAAAGAGAGGAGCCGGGAGGAGAAAGGAGCAACAGAAGCUAACAAAAGAGCAGGAGUGGCGGAGGCAGCAGCCAUCAUCACCUCCACCAGCAGGGCCCACAUUGGCGCUGCGCAUCUCGGAGGCAGCACCGGCAGCCAUCUUACCUUCAACCCCUUCCUGAUCCCGGGCAUGUCCCACGGCCUGCUGUACCCGCACAUGUUCUUGCCGCACGGUGGCAUCAUGGCGCUGCCCGCUAUGCCUCCUGGUGCAGUAGACGGCUCCCCGGGCAGCCCCAAGAGGAGGAGGAAGAGAGGGCGGGAGGAAGGGGAGAGAGAGGAGGAGAGGGAGAAGGCAGCGGUGGCGGGAAAGGUAGAGGAGAGAGAAAGUACAGUUAAGGCUAAUGUUACCUCCCAUCCAGCCUCCUCCUCGUCUCCCUCCAUCCCCUCUACCUCGGCUCCAGACCCAGGCCUGUCUCCAACCGAAGAGCCCCAGACUGGGCAGGGAGACGCAGAGGACGGGUCUGCAGAGCCCCAGGAACCUGACUCCCAUAACCCUCUAGAGGGAGCAGCAACAGAGGAGAAAGAGGAAAGACUGGAGGACACAGGAGGAAAAGCAGCAGCAGAAGAGGAGAAGCGGGACAGUGAGGAGCAGAGACAGGUAGAGGGAGAGGAAGCGUAGAGGAGGAGAAAACUGCAGAGAGACGGACACUUCCUGCUCUCUCCUCCUGUCUCCUUGGUUGCUCUCUUUCUCGACUGAGCAACAGUGUAAAGUUUGUGCCGUGUCUGUCAGUCAAUGUCCAUGUAAAGACUUUUAUUAUGAUGAUGACUAAUAAUAAUGAUUAUAUUCAACUUGGUUAUGUUUAUAUACCAAGACCCCACCCACCCUCUCCACUCCCUCCUUGUAUACAGAAAAAAAAACAGUGUAAGAAAUGCUCUUCUGUGUAUUCUUCCCCCUUCAUUCUGCAUCGAGACUGAGUCAGGAGGGACUUCUCAACAGAACACACACACACACACACACACACACACACACACACACACUGCAGGCGAGAUGUGCUAACCAAGGAGCAGCUUUGGCAGUAAUGAUCCGGUUAUAAGCUCAAAGUGAUCCAGGAUGGUGUGUUGCAGCGUUUAGGUUUGGUUUGUUUGACACAAGGAUGAUGAUGACGACGGAGAGCCGCGGCUCAGCUGUCAGAGGUGGUUCUCUGAAGUCGUUUGAAUUUCUCACCACAGUUUGGGAAUUCAGAGGAGCACUCGUUUAUGUUCAAGGUUAAAACCCGAGCCUGUUCAUCUGAGUACUGUCUUGUUGUUUUGUGUUCUGGCACACUCCACUAAAUUGAUUUUUUUGUCUUGCUUUUUCUGUGCAAUGUUCAACAAACCUGCAGGUUAGAUUAACCUGAAAGCGAGUCUUGGUAAUACUGAAGAGUCUGAACCAGCAUUCGCAGACACAUGACACUAAGAUAGUGGUUCUCAACCAGGUGUCCUUAAGGAAGUUCCAGGGAGUCACCAGAAGAGAGGUAAUCAUUUAUUUUCACUAAGUCACUAUAGAAGUGAGCCCAGUGUAAGUAAGAGUCAUAAGAGUGGCUGUUCUCAUCAUAGGUUUCACUUUGUCCACGAUUAUCUCCUCAACUGCAGAGUUCUGGUCCUAAUCAUAUCCAACAACCAAAGUAUUUUCAGAUGGAGGUCCCCUUAAGGAGGCGAAGUGAAAUCUGGUUAAAUGGGGGUCUGUGACGUAAUGUGUAUCAGUUGACACAAAAAAAGGUUGAGAACAACUGCACUCAGAAACCUUUUCCCAGUCAAUACAAAGAGAAAACACUGAUAAAUGUAAACUUAUUAUGCAACAGCGACUCCACCAAGAGAACAGGCAGCAGCCCAGAUCCAUGUUUUUGAAAAAUUUCUAAAUGAUUUUGAUAUGAUUCAAAGAAAAGAAAAAAAGUUAAAAGCUGCCAAAUCAGAAAGAUUUUUACUUGGUAAAAUUGAGAGAAAGUCACAACACAAGUAUCGUCACUAAAUCCCAGGCAUACGUGUUGUAUCUUAAUCAUAAGAUGGCAUCGUCUGCCAGCCCCUGACAUUUUAGACAUUAGUCAUUCUUUUUUUUUAAUCGAUAAUUUUAUUAUUAUUGCUAUGCCAUUGCUGCUACAACUUCCUUGUCAAAGGAAGUUCAGAGAGUUAAAAUGUUCUUUCCUCGUCAACCAGAUUAUUAAUCCAGAUUCAAAGACUAGGAAGGUGCAUCCAGAACAAGAAGAACUCCGCCUUUUGCUUUUAUCGAUAAAAGCAGAGAACAAUCAUGAGAUUAAUUUUUAUUCAUUUUCAAAAUCAUGUAAAGAUUUUUUUUUAACUCAGACACAAAGUCACUUUGAGAGACUGCCCCUGAAGAGUUCAGGCCGAAUGAGAGGAGAUGAAAGACAGGAAUUUUAAAGUCAAGAGCUCAGUCUGGCCACCAGGGGGAGGUAGGAGGCAGAUUUGAUUGUAUCCUGUCCUGCAGACACAGGGGUGGAGGGAUUGUGGGAGAAGAAGAGGAGACGAGGUGUUUUUUUUCCUUUGGUUUGCUUUUAUCUGAGUUUCAACUUACAGCAAAUCAGUGACACAGUGGCUCAUGCAAAAGGACUGCUGCAAAAUGGUUGCAAUCAUGACCUGUAGCAUCACGCCCCUUUUAUUUUUUAUUUAUUUGUUCUGUUUUCGGCCAUACUGUCCUCUCCUGAGUUCAGUGAGAUGUUACGUGUGCGUUGUCGACCAUCUGUCCAGUGAAAGGGAAUAGUCUGUUUUCACAGAUGAAACAGGAAGAGGAGGGAUACAAAGCGGUGCGUGAAUUGCUCGGGUUGAGUGCCUCGUUGUUGCUCUUCGUCUCAUUUCUUUUCCUCAGAUUAGUUUUAAUAGCAGUUCAUACUAAGAGUUUCUAAAUAUGUAAAUCUAUCGCUGUAUAUUGCUGUUUUUCUUUCUUUAAGUGCACCGUUUAUUUCUUUUGCCUUUUUGUUUCUCCAUUGGGAAAAAAAUACUUGACAGAUGCGAGGGGGAUUUUUGCAUAGAGGUUAGUCCCAGUGUUUUCGGUAUCAAACAGACUGUACUGUACAUUAAAUGGAUGCAAGUCGCUGGUUUUAUUCAGUCUUUUCAGAACAGGGUCUGUAUUUUGGGGUGAUAUUCAAAUGUUUCCGUUUAUGAUGUUGGACUUCACUUUUUUUGUUUUCAUACAUGAAAACAUUAUUUUUGCACAAUGUCUUUUUGUGAAUGUUAACCUGUUUCUGUACUGUCUUGUAUUUCCUUUAUGUGUGUGUGUGAGAGUGUGUGCGAUAUUUGGGAGAGAGCGCGAGCGUCUGUGUGCAUGCAUGCGCACACGUUUCCGUUGUGGAGCUGUGUUUCGACUUCUGUCUCGUCCUUACAGGUCACAUUUCUUGUUGGAGAAAAAAAAAACAUAGUUGUUGCCUUGUCACAAGUUUGUGGCUACAUAUAAUUUAUUAUGCUUUUCUUUUGCUUUGCCAAACUUUCACCAAAUAUGACAUUCUUUCUCUCCUAGUUUCAUUAUGUAUUAUUCAAAGUAAAAUGCCUUAUUUAGCUAGUAUUUUUUGUAUAGAUGUUCUGUUACAUCUCCAUAUACUAGGGACAUGUUAUCAUGUGUGUGUUCAGUUUGUCCUUUGCUUGUAUGCGUACACGGCCUUGAUGAUGUGCAUUAUCUAAAAAAAAAAAAAGCCAAUAGUAAUGCAAAGGUACCACUGUCCAAAUCACUGCGUUAUUUCCCAAAAGUCAAUCAGUCAUCCCUCAAAGCACAAGAGAGUUAACAAAAAGUGACUGUUUUCUUACCAGUGCCUCUAAAAUCACUUUAAAUAGUUUCUCUUUGUGUGGGCUUCACUUGCGUACGAUGUUGACAUUCCCUUUCCGUAGUGACAUCAUCAUCGGGAAAGUGAAAGUGUAACUCUUUGUUGGAUUUCACCCUCGGCAGACGAUGCCAUGCUGUUCGUUAAAGGGGAAUUCUGGAUUAUUUUCAACCUGGGUCUUCACUCGUGUAUUUUUCCAUUGUGACUAAUGACUGUAUGUGAAGAUGAACGAUAUGUCUCCAUUUCCUCCCGCUGUACAAAAACAAAGCCAAAAUAUCAGGAUGUGGGCGCUGCCAUCUUGCACUGAUGAUUUCAUUGGGAGCCAGAGUCUGCACAGUAGCGACGAUCUCUGUGCUAUCAAGUUUCCACUGUUGCGAGUACACUGAUUGGCGCACACAGCUCUCAGUCAUGACCUCAAACUUCCUUUUUUAUAGCAUCAAAUAACUAAUUCAAACCAAACUUAGAAAAGACCUACCUAACAUGACCCAUCCACUAACAUGUAGGGGGGCAGAGUUUAUGACCUAUAGUGCAGCCAGCUGCAACUCUUGGGGAGCUGAUAUGCCGUCUGUCUAUAUAUACAGACUAUAGUUGUUACUAUUAAUCAUGAGGACACUUUACUCUCCAGCUCUGUUGUAGAAACUUGAAACUUGAGUGCGAACUUCUGCUUACGUUUGUUUGGCUACAAAGUGUUUGACAUCAUUCCUGUUGAAUUUGAAAAGCUGGAGAAGUUUAUUCUCCACCCUGAUCAACUCCAUUAUUACUGGGAUCUUAAAUCUCUGCAACAAGGCAGAAUCCUUUGAUCCUCUUAUUCUCCACCCCGGCACCCACACUUAUGCCCAAUUACUUACGCAACCUGACCUGACUCGUCUACACAAGAUCCCCGGCCCAAAUUGAAACCACAGAUCCCGUAAUAAUCAUGUUCUGUUCAAAUAAUUUGGCUAGGCGGUAUGUUUAAUGGUCCAGUGUUGAGGAUUAAGGAGGAUAUAUUGGCAAAAAUGGUUGAUAAUCACCUGGAACUAAAAAUCGUUGUUGUCCUUAGAAUGAGCUGGUGCAGAAGACAAAGCCAACACACUACAACCCUUUUUAGACAGAGGUCACGCUAUAGGGCUGCUACGAAGUCCCUUCAUGCUGCCCUUGCAUUUUUACACAGAACCAAACUACGUCAUUCUGCUCCAGUGGGUAAUUUUAGACUAGAUCCAAGCAAAGAGGCGUGACAAUCAUGACAUGUAACACAACUGCGUCGGCCUCAAGUGUGACAUUAAACAUACACGUUGGCACCAUUUUAGAAACAGUAACAAUCAUUUACCAUCUCUGUUUUAUGAUGGCUGAUCUCGUCCUCUGCUCAGAGAUCAAGGAACUCCCAAACCUCAUUGUUUUCCAAAUUUGUGGACAUUUUCCACCGCUGUUCCUCUUCUUUUUUGAGUUAGCUGCUAGCUGCUACCAGCUACUUUUUAAAUCUCUUGUGGUGGGUCACAUACAUAACAGGUUGUCAAAACAUCAUACCCGUGCUGCCCAUGAUCCCGACCUGCUAGUUGUCCCAUUAAUAUAGACAUUGAUGUGGCGCUGUUACUACCUCCAUUCCUGGCUCAGAGGUGAGACAACUCUGUCCCCGCAUUCUGCAAUCAUACCGCCUUGAACGGCCUUGAACAGGCAGUGUUAAAGGAGCUUAAGUCAGCAGGGAAACCUGGGAAUAAAAUUAAGAACAUAUAGCCGGGGAAUAACUCUUGUUGUGGCUCACCCAACGGGCACUCGACCCAAUGCAGGACUCUGCAACAAAGUUUUUGAGCAAAAUGUUCUUAAGCAGUUUGUGAAAUACCAGAAUUUCCCUUUAAGGACGGCUGUUUAAUCCCAUACCAUUCUCUUACUGCACGAGGCCUUCUGUUUGGUAUCUAUCGAGUCUCGGAUGGUAACGCACACACAGUCUGUAUCCAACUCAAGUAUUUGAGUGUUCUCGUGUUUGUUGAAAUUCCUGAAAAAAAAAAAAAAAAAUGAAAUCAAAAAAGUGGGGAAACCAUUUGUUACGUACCACAGCUUAAGUAUCUGAAAACAAACUCCCUCAGCCCAUGUAUGCACAUCAUGUCCUGUUACUGGCUGCUUCUUGUGUAAAAACUUGAAACAACUCGUAGGUGCAGUGUGUGACAACAGUUGGAGGUCAGUCAAGGCGAUGGCUCUGUAUUGUCUGUUCAUGUCACACCAUGCCUUCUUUAACAGUGUUCUUUUUUUUUUUUUUUUUUUUCCAUCUGGUUAAUUUAAAUGUUCUCCAGAACGGUCACCUCAAAAUGUUGUAAACGUUUAUCUCUUAUCAUAAAUAAUGUAUUUAUUGUAUAGUUCUUGUCUUCACAUCGUUGUCUCAUGACUGAUCAGUGGCUGGUUUUGUUGUUUUUAAUGUCUCCUGAAAGACAAAAGCAUUUUGGUUCACAUGAAAGUUUCACUAUCUGCUUUUCUUUGUAGCCCUCGUCACCUGCUUAUCUGCUGUUAAAUGUAAUUACAUGGUUAAAGAGUCCCACAGAUACCUCCUCUUUAUUUUCUCAACAUGGUUAGGGGAACUCAGCUCUAUGUGCCAUAUGAUAAUGAUCCAAUCUAAAGCCCCUCUGUGGGAUUACUGGGCUGAUCCAAAUGAUAAAGUGUACAUUUGUUUAUUUUUAGGAGAAGUUGACUGAAAACCAGCAGUUACUGGAGCAGACAUGGAUGUUAACGGCUCUGCUUCAGACACGGCGUACCCGAACAAAAACACAGGCUAAGAUUUACACAAUUUAAACUCCUGUGAAUAUUUUUUUAAGGGAAAAUGCCUGACUUACUUUUGUUUUCACUGAAAUCACAAAUUGGAUUGUUAGUCAUGUAGAUCCAGUUCCAGGAUCACCAAUUAGAUUUUGGAUAUUUACAACAUCCAUAAAAGCUAAAUGAGAGGACAGAUGCUGGAUAGCGUGACCUGUUCUAGUUUUUUCGGUCUUUAAAAUGAUGACGCCUGAGUUAAACGUUUAUUAUCUCGUGACUGGCUGUUCUGGCCUGAUUAGUUCAGUUUAGUGGGGAAACCAAACCAUCACGCGCUGGUUGACUUGCACAUUAGAAACCACCUGCAUCACCACCAUCACGCCGUUCGUGAUCACAUUAACAGGCCUGCUGGGUUUUGUCUUUGGUUUAAAGACCGGAGGGUCCAUGUUCACUGAAUCCCUGUCAGCUCCAGACUGUGACCUUUGACCCCCCUGUAGAAGGAGCCAGUUUUGGUUUGUAAUAGGACAAAUAUCAAGAAGUGAUAGGAAGAAAGAAAAGGGGAAUGUAGCCAGGUCAUGUGAAACUCUCAAACUCUCAUAGCCGUUGCCGCUGCAGUGAAAAACCAAACACGCUCCAAAAGCUCCAAUUCUGAAAUAGGAUCAACAGAUGUGUCGCAUAACAUCUCAUCAUGUCCCAUUAAAAGUUAAAAUAUCAACAUAUAUUUUGCCUUGUAAGAAAUUAUUUUACAGAAAUUAGUUUGUGUCAGUUCAUGGUUUUCUGUCUUGAGUCAUGACGGGCUGGUUUCACAGACUAUAGGAGAAUUACAGCUCCUGGAUAUUCAGACACUUAACUGCAACUUCUGUGUUCUUGUUAUUCCCACUUACAGUAGUUUACAAAAAUGGUAUCUUCUGUUUCUGCAAAACAAGAGGGUGUCACAGCGGCUGCCUUUAAUCUCUAAAAACAGAUACCUGCGUGAGUGCAGAAUCUGUAGGCGACGGGGACGAGACAGUAUCUGCAUUGUUUGGGUUUCCAUUUGUAGUAUUGACCCAUCACACUUGAGCAGGCCUUGGUUGCAUGCAGAUAAACAGUCCAUGUGGAGAACAAAGGAGGCAGAGGGCCUUGGUGGAAAUGCAGCUUCUUAUUUGCCCUUUUUUAAAUUUCUAUGCAUUCAUGUGCAGAUAUCUGAUUAAAGAGUGUCAUGGCUCUGUCGACAUAAGAGUCUAAAAUUGCUAAUCAGACUGCGAAAACAAAAACCGUUGCACAGGACAGAAAGUCUUUGCCCCGAUUCCAUGGAUGUAUAAAGAGAACCGGAGACAGCAUUGGAGGCUGCACCCCGUUAGUUCCAAAGAAAGUGCUCAUACCCCUUUUUCACGGACAUGGGACUGGUUCUGUUCCGGUUCCCACACCUAAUUUUGAGCUGUUUAGUGCACAUCCACCAUAUACAGUAUAAACUGGUUCAGAACCCUAAAGGUUGGCUCUCAGCUUGAAACUAAAAACAGCUGUUUUUUUCUUGACCCAAAGUGCGAACCGUGACGACAUCAGUGGGCGUGUCAUAUUCCAAUAGUUUGAAAGAGAGGAUGGAGAAGUCAAGUGAGAAAUCAUCAAAUAAAAGCUUGUGCAGUCUCAUCAAUAGUUGGUCCUGCUUGUUUUUUGGGUAAACACAAAUAUCUAAUAACAGAACCAAAAUUUGCAGGUAAUCAGUGCAAUCCGCGAUUUUGCCACAACCGUUUAUUUCCAUAGUGUAUUGUGCAACGCCCUUCAUUGGUGAUGAUGGUUCUGCGCAACACUGGCGAAAACACAGGCUGGUUCCCUCGAUAGAACCAAGGUUCCAAGUAUUCUGAAAGGGACCAGGGAAAAGGGGUAUUGGUGCAUGAAGCCAAAAAUGUUUGACAUCUGGGUAUAAUGUUACACAGAUUUUCCACCUCUGUGGCGCCUAUAUAACCAGCACACUAGUGUUUCCCUUAACCCUGCCUCCCAACCGCCCGUCGCCUUGACAGGAUUGACGAUUCAUGCCAACUGUGGAUUUGGCUGUUGUUGAAUUUUACAACUUUUGGGACAUUAUUAUUUAAAUAAGGGCUAUUUAAGUGUAUUCUCUUUUACAUCCAUGUGCAAUAUUAGUUUUGCAGAUGUUUGUUGGCUUCACUGAAAACCCUGAAAUAUUGGUUGUUGCCCCCAGAGGCUAAAUCGCUAAUAUAGUCAACAAUGCUAAAGAUGUUUUGAGACUCAAAAGUAAGUCGCUUCACCGGGACUAUCGUGAUAGUAAGGUGGCGACCAUGUCUCACUAAAUGAGCGGCACCACUGACGUUAGCUAGCUCCCGCCCAGCGCGAGUGUUGUGCAGUACAAAGUGGAGGCGGCGGCUAGCUUCUCGGUGGAGACUGUAAUCAUUGUCAGACCAAUUGCUGAUGGGUUAUGUGUUUGAUAAAAAUGUAAUCAAACUACUUUGACAUUUGUUUUACUCAUAAAUUAUUUUAUUUUGUUAGCUUCUUUGUACCUGUUUGUUCUCAAGAGGCGUGAGAAACUAACAUUUAAACCAGUCUCACAUUUGAUUAUUUGUUAGAGAACAGCAGCACGACCUUUACAGUUAAUUAUCAAAUAUGUUUUUUGACUAUCUGUGAGCUGGAAAAUAAAGAUUAGACUCAGAUGAUUGCAGGUUUGGAUCACUGAAUGAGAACGUCACCACCUCCACCUAAUUCAUGUCUGUGAAACCAACCAGCUCAACAUUACAAACGUAGGGCAAGUUAAAUCUGUGUUCACAGCUCCCGUACUGGCCUCACUGAACCAAGUGCAAUGUCAUCCACGAGGAUGUUGUUCUUAAAGGCGGAGAAAAGACAAUAAGUGGCUGCUCCUGAAGUCAGACACCUGGUCAUUACUAAGUAAGUUAUGUGGUGGGGUUUUUAUCUUUUUUUCUUUAUUUUAUUUUCUUAUUUGUAACUAUAGCUCUCUGUAUUCCCAUGUGGACCAAUCUCAUGAGUCAAAACAUGGUAUGUGUGAUCUUUUAUUGUGCAAUAAAAGAUGACUUUCAACUUUCUUUUGUCCUCGGUGAGUGCUUCAUUGAUUGUGUCUGAAAUCGCUGCUGUGAUUUAUUAAUCUUGUGUUGAAUUUAGGGUGUGUUGACUGUGGUGACUCUGACGUGGUCCGGCAGCCCGUUCUUCCUGUUGCUCUGCUCUCUGCACAGUGCAUGCUGGUAAAGACUGCUGCGACCCUGAAAUGCUGAAAGGAUUGAGCAGGUAGAGACAAAGAA